UCCAGACGCGACUUUGGAAAAAGCAGACAGUUCAAUUGGGCUCAACUUGAAAGAAAGAGGCAACUCAAUCAAAGGGCUAUACCACAUUAUAAUUUCGUCGCUAAUUGGCUAUGUUGAAGCGUAAGAACGAGGAGGACAACAACAUCGACCAGCCUAAUUCCGCCAUCAAGAGAGUGGCUCUGGACGCUGAGGCAAUCGAGGCACAGGAUGAUCAACUGGGGAACCAAGUUGACCAUGAGAUGAAUAUGAACGAUAAUGACAAAGACAAGGAUGGUGGUGAUUCCAAGAGUGAGAAGGAUGAGACUGCAAGAACCAUUUCCAGUCACAAAGUACAGAAUAAUGAUGAUCCAACUUAUGUUCAUUUUAGAAUGUUGUGCCAUUUCAAAGAGGCUGCGUUAGUUGUUGGGAAAGGUGGUGAAAAGAUCAGUCAUAUUAAGGAAACUUCAACAACUAGAAUCAAUGUGAGUGAGAAUAUCAGAGGGGUCAGUGAGCGUGUUAUUCAUGUUAGGGGACCAGCUGAGAAUGUUGCAAAAGCUUUUGGGUUGAUGUCACGGGCUAUACUAGAUGAAGCGGAAGGUGUCCCAUCAACAGCAGAUUCUAAACAAUUCGCAUUGAGGCUUCUUAUACCGCAUCAAGUUAUAGGAUAUGUCAUUGGGAAGCAAGGUCUCAGAUUUAGAGAGAUCGAAGAUAAUUCAGCAGCUAAAUUGAAUGCUAGUGCACAUUCAAUGCCAUUCUCCACAGAUCGUUGCUUAACAAUAACUGGUGUUGCAGAUUCAAUUCAUAUUGCAACUUAUUAUGUGGCACAGACUGUGUUGGAACACAAGUCAUUGUUUAAAGGGAAAGUUAUCUUUUAUGAUCCAGCUCAACAACAUCAACAACAACAGCAACAAGGAUUACCGCCAAAUCCAUUAUUAUUUAAUGGAAUGAUGAACUAUGGACAAAUGCCCCAAUUUGACCAACGCCAACUACUACAGUUCAACAAUUUCAACAGAAACCCAAGACAAAAUACAAACACAAACACUAAAUUUCAAAAUAGAGUACCUUUCGGUAUGAAUAAUAUUCCUAUGAAUCCACUAUCACUACCAUUGGGUAAUCCACAAAUAUCUCAAGAUAUUUUCAUCCCAGAUGAAUAUGUUGGUAAUGUUAUUGGUAAAAAUGGUAAAAAUAUUAAACAGAUAAAAGAUACUUCAGGUUCCAGGAUACAAAUUGCAGAUCCUGAUCCAAAUUCAAAAGAGAGAAAAAUUAAACUAGUUGGUACAAGUGCUGGUAACCAAACUGCCAUCUUUCUCAUAAAUAAUAGAAUUGAAACAGAUAAGAAGAGUAAUGAGGCAAAGGCAAAGCUACAACAACAGCAACAGGAGAAUCAACUGGUUGAUGGUAAUUAGUGAUGUGUUGAUUUUCAAAUGAAUGAA